UGCUCGCCCUUCCUCGCUGAGAGUUGUAGUUGUGAGACGUUAGCUUGUAGUUUUAUGCAUCGGAAGGCUAAAUUAGCUGGCUAACUGGCUUCCACAGCUGGAUAAAUCAUCACUGUUGCCCACACAUCAUCUGAGAGGUGUUCAUCUUCUGGCGAGAUCAUGGAUUUAUCGCUGGCAGAUGCCUUAGGAGACGACAUACCAAGCCAGACAAAUCCUACAAAGAACAGUAACCCGUCUGCCCCCGCCAGCAACCCUCAACCUGCUGCAAAUCCAGGAUGGCCUGGUUCAGCCCCAGGAGCCCCCACCCAGCCCUCAGCUCCGGCUGACUUCGCUGGCGGCUCAUCCGGCCCAGGGGCACCAGGGCAAUUCCCAUUUCAAUCAGGUCCUGGGGCACCAGGGCAAUACCCAGGACCUCCUUCAGCACCUGGUGGGUUCCCCCCUGGUCCUGGGAUACCUGGACAAUACCCUGCACCAGGAGCUCCAGGGCAGUUCCCCUCUAGCCCUGGAGCUCCUGGGCAAUACCCCGGGCAGUUCCCCGGGCAGUACCCACCUGAAGGAGCUCCAGGACAGCUACCUGGAGGCCCUGUUCCUUACCCAACUGGACCAUUUGCUUCUGGCCCUGGAGCUCCCCCUGGGCCUUAUCCAAAUGUGCCUUUCCCAGGGAGUCAGCCAGGAGGAGGCAAUGGGAUGUACGGGCCAGGUGGUCCAGGUGCAUUCCCCCCUCCAGCUGGCCCCGGCGCUUUCCCUGCUUACUCUGCUGGAGGCUUUCCCCCAAUACCCACUGGUUCAUGGGGACCACCUGCGGGAGGAGGCUUCCCUCCUGCUCCUGGUCCCUUUGGUCCUGGUCCUGGGCCUAUGGGUCCAUACGGUGGGCCUGCCGCUCCAGGAGGCAUGCUGAUGGUGCCGCAUGAUCUCCCACUUCAUGCUGGAAUAAUGCCACAACUUUUAAUCACAAUAGACGGGGAGCCCGUUCCUGGCGGAGACAGGUUCUCAGUUGAUUUUAUCAAAGGUCCAGAUGUCGUUUUUCACUUCAAUCCUCGAUUUCAUGAGCAAACAAUUGUCAGAAACUCCAACCUGGGUGGAUGUUGGGGGCCAGAGGAACGGGAAGGUGGCUUCCCGUUUGUACAGGGACGCCGUUUUGAGCUGAAGAUCCUGGUGGAGGAGGACUCGUUUAAAGUGGCGGUGGACGGCACCCACCUGUUGGAGUAUGAGCACAGAGUGGGCGGGCUGGAGGAAGUGACCCUGCUGCGAGUGACUGGAGACAUCAUCCUGCACAGUGCCGCCCCGAGCAUGAUCUGAACCUCAGAGAAACCACAUGCUGCACAGGAGACCUGGAUCACACUUUACCAGCGUAUCUGAAACCGUUUCAAAUACCUUGAUGGAGUUUGUGAGGCAAAAUAGUCAGUGAAGCGCAAUCUUUGCCCGCCUGGCACUUUGUCGUUCAUUGCCGAACAGAUGGCAGGUCUGCACAAUAUAAUCCUUUUCUCUUUUUUUGCUGGAUGAUAACUCUUUUUUUGCCACUCAAAAUCCAAUAUAUUUUACAACAUAACAGUAUAAACUAAUGAAUGAAAUAAAUUGCAUCUAAACCAGGCAUUUCAAGGAUAAUACUAAUUUAUACCUAAUGACAAGAUUGUAGGCCGAAUGGAACAUAUUUUCCAGUAGUAUGCUGUAUUUUGUUUACAGUACGUGUUUGUUUUAUUAUUCUGUUCUUUAUAUCAAGAUCUUGAUAACUUAACUUUGUAAUGCAUGAGAGUGUGAUGCUGAAAAUCAACUCCGAGACUCACUGGCCUGUUAACCUUCAGUCGACUGACGAUGACGUUUCUUAAAAGCUAUUUAUAUGCAGACGUUGAGCUCUUACUUUCCUCAGUGUUAAUCCUCCCGAGCUCUCAAAACUGGAGGGUCACGUAAAGUGUGCUAUGAAUUAUGAUUUCAUGUUGAAGUCAAAUCUAAUGGUAAAAUUAAAAAAAGUGAGGUUUAAAAUUAAAGUAAAUCAUUGUAAAGUGGA